CUUGUUUUAUUCGUUUCGUUUUAAUUGUUCAUCGGUGAUUUCUUUUUUUAAAUUAUCGAAAAACAAAGUUUGAUUCCUGUGAAUAUAUAUAUGAAAUUUUAAUGGCCUUUUUGGAAAUCAAUUACAACAUUAUGUGUGUGUGUACGCGCGUGCGUGCGUACGUGUAUGUAUACGUUAAAGAAUCCAUUUUUUGCUUUUUUGAUGAUUGAAAUCGUCGUGCAUGUGUGUGAGUGUGUGUGUAUGUGCGUGCGUUGAAAAUUUUGAAGGAUCAACUUAAUAAAGUAAACUAAACCAAAUCAUAGUUCACUUUUGGCAAUCUUGGAGAAUCUUAAAGGGGAAAAAGAAAAAAAAUUUAUGAAAAAAUAAAUGAAAUUAUUUUCAAUAAUAAAUUCGAUAAAAUUUUUUAGAAUUGGAAGAUUGAAUUUUUGUUUUGAGAAUUUUGAUACUUAGAUAAAUAAAUAGAGAAUAUGUAAAGGAAGAAUCAUAUAAGAGGAAUCAUUUUGAUGGGUUUAUAGUUAAUAAUGAUGCAUUUGAGAUAACGAUUUAUUUCAACACAAUAGAUGAGGAAGAAAGAGAGAAAUACCUAGUUCGAAGGCGACCAAGGAAACGUAAUCCAUUGGGGUUGCCUUAGGAAGGCUGAUCGUGUUACGUUGGUAGGUACAGAAAGAGAGAGAGAGAAAGAGAGAGAGAGAGAGAGAGAGAGAGAGAGAGAGAGAGAGAGAGAGAGAGAGUGGGCGUGAAACAAAGGUGGUUAAUUCCCCAGGCCAAGAACUGGAAGCUUUGGUUGGCUUAGCUAUGGCCGUGUUUUUCUUGCCGCGGAUCAUUAGGACGAUUAGGGUUCCCGCGAAAAGGGGGAGAACAGAUUAGCUAGCGAGCGAAGUCUCCUCGCUUUUCUUAAACGGAUCUUAUGUCAGCCCUUUUACAUCGAGACCGGUUACUCGACAUUCUGUGUGGAGUAUGCGGUGACCGUAGUUCCGGAAAACACUACGGCAUCUACAGCUGCGACGGUUGUUCUGGAUUUUUCAAGAGAAGCAUUCAUAAUCAUCGAGAGUAUACCUGCAAGGCACAAGGAGCAUUAAAAGGGCGCUGCCCGAUUGACAAGACUCACAGGAAUCAAUGUCGAGCUUGUCGGUUAGCUAAGUGUUUCAAGGUCAAGAUGAACAAAGAAGCAGUACAACAUGAACGUGGACCGAGAAAACCGAAACCACCACAUUCGAUCUUUUCGGAGAAGCAACAACAUCAGCAACAACAGUCACCGAUAGUUACACAAAGGACAGGACUUCGUUCUGCUUAUGUUCUUUCACAUCAUAGGUUCAGGUGCGAGCAAAGAUUCACACCUUAUCCUAGACCAAUAGGACUUACACACAAACCACCGGAAGAGUCAGCAUCUCCAGUACCUUUAACUCAGCCACAGCACCCUCCUACGACAACAACCCUCUAUCAAGCAGCAGCAGCAGCAGCAGCUACAACUGUCUCUCUUGCUCCGCAACAAUCCCUCUUACAGAUCUUGAUAUCUGCUGAGAAGUGUCAGGAACUUGUAUGGAGUACUAGGCUACAAUCGGAAACGGAAUAUUCGUUAGAACAAACGGAUUCUGAGACGAGGCAUAGUCCGACGGGAACCUUGAAGAUUAUUGGUCCAAGUUGGGAAAUGUUCGAGGAGAUCACCGCCAGGCUUCUAUUCAUGGUCGUGAGAUGGGUCAGAUGCUUGCCACCCUUUCAAGCCCUACCAAAGGACGAUCAAUUACUUUUACUCGAACGAUCCUGGACUCAACUUUUUCUUCUACAUCUUGCUCAAUGGAUGAUACCUUGGGAUGUGACAACUUUACUCGACGAUGAACAAGUUAAAAGUCGACUUCCGGUUAAUGACGUUGCUACCAGCCAAGAGUUGGGUAUGAUACAGUCAAUAAUAUAUCGUUUCCGGCGCUUAGCACCUGACGUCUACGAGCGUAGCUGUAUAAAAGCUCUAACACUUUUCAUACCAGAAACAGUUGGGCUUCAUGUGGUACAACCUAUUGAGAUGCUACAGGAACAAGUGCAAUGUAUCUUAGAUGAUUAUAUGAGAUCAAGAUAUUCACCACAGGGUAGAAUCUGUAGUCUGAUGCUGUUGGUUGGUUAUCUAAGAAGUGUUUCAUCGAAAACUGUCGAACGUUUGUUUUUUCACGAGACUAUUGGUGAAAUUCCAAUAUCACGUUUAUUGGUUAAUAUGUAUGAGAUGGAGGAAAGGCAAAUCGAAGUGCAGUAAUUUAAAGAUAAAUUAUUUAUUUUUUUA